UGGUAGUAGCCGGGAGGGGGCGUAUCCUCUGAAGGAUUCAGCGAGAAGACGUCGUUUCCGGGAGAGAGAGCUCAGAACCGGAAGUAUUCGGAGAGGAACUGCAGGUGAGUUGCAGAGCGUCCUAAAGGAUAAGGAUGGGCAGUUUUGGGGACCUUGUGUCACCUGGUCAUCGUGUGGCAGUGACAUGGGAUGGCUCCUCCUCCAUAGAGAGCCUUCAGGAGCUCGUAGCCCAAGUGCAGAGCGCAGUGGCCCCGGAUGGGAAGGUUUCUGUAGAGAAUGUGGAACGCCUGUUGCUGUCGGCUCACCGCGAUUCCUGCUUUGAUGGCGUCCUCCUCGGUUUAGCUCCAGGAAGUACAACUAUCCACAGUUCUGACCUUCUGGUGGAAGCCGCUCGAAUUCUGAAGCCGGGGGGUACAAUGAUCAUCCAGGAGCCAGUGGAUCUCCAAGCCGGUCACGGCGCCCUUCUGCGGUCACCGGCCCAGCUCUCCUCUGCUAUCACCCUUUCUGGAAUGACCGGCGUGACACAGAUUCUGAAUGUAGCCCUGACAAGUGGACAGACGCAGCAUGUGAAGGAAAAGCUCGCUUACCCCGGGACUGACCUGACCUCCGUCAGAAUCCGAGCUACAAAACCCAACUAUGAAGUUGGAUCGUCCCGACCACUGACACUUCUCAGACGCCCUGUGACAGGGAAGCCGGCUGUAGAUCCAGCUGCAGUGAAACUCUGGACGCUGUCAGCAAAUGAUAUGAAUGACGAGGAAGUGGAUCUCUUGGACUCGGAUGAUCUUCUGGAUCCGGAUGACAUGAAGAAGCCCCUCCCCGCCACACUAAAAGCCCAGGGCUGUGGAGAAGGCACUGAGAAGAAACGCAAAGCCUGCAAGAACUGCACAUGUGGAUUAGCAGAUGAACUGGAAGAUGAAAAGAAGAAUUCUGCCCCCGCACCUACCCCAUCGGCAUGUGGCAAUUGUUAUCUCGGAGACGCGUUCCGCUGCGGCAGUUGCCCAUAUAUGGGAAUGCCAGCAUUCAAACCGGGUGAGAAGAUUCUGUUGACUUCCGGCACGCUCCAGGACGCAUUGUGAUUUUCGAUCUCUGUAUGUGUAUAUAAUGUUCAAUAAAGAUUCAAUGUCA